AUGAGCGCUAAAGAAUUCCUCGUUGACGUCGAAGGCGGCGUGGUGCCGGUGGACUGCCACGAGAAAGUGCUGCGGAUAGCAUUCAUCUAUAUGGAAGAGGAGCUGUGGCUCGACAGUGGCGUCUUUGAUGUUGUCGAGAAGCUGCACGCGCGUGGAUGGUCGUUCGGCGCGGGCGAGUUGAGGUUUAAUCGCACCCUGGAUAUAUUCUACCUCGCCCAGCUCGCAGCGGCCAUCUACCGCUCCACCAACCAACUUGAGGGUGACUUCCCCUCCCCUGAUGAUUUCCAGUCUUUCUACACCACACACCACGCCCUCCUCCACUCCUCCGCAUGGCGCUCUUAUUACUCCACUGCCUUCCUUACCCAGCGCACCACAGCGCGCUUCUACCGCCUACCUGACCUCCAAGACUUACCUGACUCUGACUCCCCGCUGGGGCUGCCGCGCCAGCGAGCCCCCGCACACGCCACGAAACUACCCCGCUGGGCCCACAGUGUCGUGUGCACGCACCGCAGGCAGCUGUCCCUCCCGCUCGCGACUCUCACUGGAUUAGCCCUCAGCACACUCGAGACGACCAUCACGCGCCUGCGCACGGUCUACACUAGCGUGCCGCCCUACUCGGAGACGCAAGCGCGCUUCUGGCUUGAGUAUAUGGGGCUCGGUUCCCCUGGCCGGUCUGGCUCAGCCAAGGCAGUUUCCCGGGAAGUGUGGGGCCCGAAUAUCUUCGGCAUACUGGUCGCGCAGGGAGCGUAUGAUUUGUAUGCGUGGGAAGCAAAGUACUCAGCGCAGCUGUGGGAGGCGAGUGCGGCGAGGAGGGAGGUUGCUGAGCCGGAUGUGGAUGGCGUGUGGGAGAGUGAGGUGAUGUGGUGUGGGUUGCCGGAUGGUGGGGUGGGGUCGUACGCAUGGUGUAGGGGGUGGGAGGGAGAGGUUGGGAGUGAGGAGGAGGUAAAGUUUUUAGCUGCUGUUGCAGUGGAGGAGACGAUGGGCGUGAAGGCGGAGGUGGGUGAGUUGGACUUUGCAGUGCGGUCGUAUAUGUUUCUUGGGGUGAUGCGGGCUGCGGUUGAGAGGCGAGAGAGGGAUAUUUUUCUGGAGGAACUAGAGCGGGGGAUGGUGCUGGCUGGGAGGAUUGAGGAGGGGAGGGCAUGGAGGUGGCUAAGGGAGGUCUUUGGGGUCGUGGAGCCAUAUGUGAUGGUAUGGGAGGGUGUAUGGCCUGCUACAGAGGUGGAGAGGGGGGAGGUGCUACGGCAGAUCUUGGUGGAGAAUGGGCAGCUCUUUGCAAGGUGGAAGCGUUCGCCGGUUUUGAAGGAGUUCAGUUUUGUGCUGGGUCCGAGGGAGUAG